AUGCCUCGUGAGAAGAAGAAGCGUGGCCGCCGAGAAGAGGAGAAAAACAGUAAACGCAAACAUGACGAGACUUUGCAAUCCGCCGCGAAAAGACUGAAAUCCGACGACACCGAAAACGAACCAGAGUCCAAUGACAUUGUCAUCAAUGGUGAUGCCGGAGAUGACUACAUUGGGUUCGAGAUCGAGGCUGCAUCGGGUGCCCAACCACCUCCGGAAGAGGACGUCUUCCACGGACUCCUUGAUCCCGAAGAACAAGAAUACUACUCGAAUGUGAACAACAAGAUCGUAGCCAAUGAUUUUGAGUCUGCCGAAGACCGUGCAAUCUUUAUUGCCGCCGUCCACAGAGAAACGCAGGGCAAAGAACUCAAAGUCGCCUCGAGUCAGUCAUGUUCCAGGUAUUUGGAAAAGAUCAUCAUGCUAUCAACCGCCGAACAACUUCGAAGUCUGUUCAGCAAGUUCUUGGGGAAUCUGACCUACCUGGUCCGGCAUCGCUUCGGGAGUCAUUGCUGUGAAACUUUGUUUCUCGAGGCUGCGAAGUAUGUGGGCAAGGAGAGUCGCGACAGCGAAGGAGAGGAAGCAGAUCUCCCCACAAUGGAAGAGCUCUUCCUUCAGGCCGCCGACGAGCUUGAGCCAAACAUGGGCUUCCUUCUGACAGACCGAUUCGCCUCCCACACUGUCCGAGUAUUGUUUUUGGUCUUAUCCGGGGAGCCCUUGGACGACUCCUCGGUGAAGGCCAUGCUCGCGAGUAAAAAGAAGGAGAAGCUUGAAGCCCCGGCAGCUACGGAACUCCAGUCAACUCAAAACAAACGAGUCGUACCCAAGACCUUCCGCCCUGCGCUGGAAAAGCUCAUUCAUAGCGCCAUUUCAGCCUUGGACACGACGUAUCUGAGAGCCCUGGCAACGCAUCCCACAGGGAACCCGGUGCUCCAACUUCUUGUCCGACUGGAGCUUUCACAUCCCGGGAAGAACAAAAGGCUGGAGGCAAACUCGGUCUUUAAGAAACUGUUACCCGACGAAGAUCUGGAGGAUGAUACGGAAAGUGCCAAAUUCAUUUCGGGACUACUUUACGACCCCACCGGAUCUCAUCUUGUUGAGAUAUUUGUGCACGACCUUGCAGGCAAGACGUUCAAGAAGCUUUACAGGAAUAUUUUGAUGCCGCGACUGAGCAGCAUGGCGAAGAAUGACAUAGCAAGCUUUGUUGCGGUCAGGAUUCUCGAGCGGCUCGGUAAAGACGACCUCACCGAGGCGAAGACUUUACUUCUGUCAGAAAUCCCCAUACUGGUUUCUCGCCGGAGGACUGGCUUGAUCAAAGUUCUGGUCGAGCGAUGUGCUGUGCGAGAAGUGGAUUUAGAAGAUCUGUCCGACGUACUGAAAGCAGAGUACGGCAACGAGCCGGGGCAGUUCCUUCCGAAACUGCUUGACUUCAAGCCGUCAGAUACGGAGGAUCAUACUCAAAUCGCAGACGAGUCCAGAGACAAACCAGUGUCUACACCCCGCAAAACGGAUGUUCACGACUCACUAUUGGCUCAGGCCAUGCUUCGGGCUCCAAAGACCGACGCGAUCGUGCAAGAUAGCUUGCUUGCAGUUGACGACAGAACACUGCUUCAGAUGUGUCAAGAUUCAGCUGCCUCACGAGUGAUUCAAACCGCCCUUUCUCCAAGCAGCUCCAACACUCAAUUCAGGCGGCAAUUUGUCCCACGCUUCUAUGGGCACAUUGCGACGUUGUCCCAAGACCUUACAGGAUCCUACGUGGCCGAUGCACUGUGGACUGCGACAGAUGGAUUGCACUACAUGAAAGAGCGGUUGGCCAAAGAACUUGCAGGCCACGAGAGCGAACUGCGACCGUCGCCAUUCGGCCGGAAUGUAUGGAAGAACUGGGCCAUGGAUUCGUACCAACGGCGGCCGAGCGAAUGGCGGGCGUUGGCUAAAGGGUAUGACAAGGAAGAACCCAAGGCGGAAAUAGUGAGCACGACUGGGAAGCAUGCAAAUGAUACCCCUGCGGAGAAGAAGUCGGCCAUCCAGAUUGCCCGGGAGAGGUUUGCGCAGAAGAAGGUUCAAGGUGCGAAGCAUCAAAAGACCCCGGCGAGAGGCGCCAACGCGGUUCCGACGAAUGCAUGA